AUGAUACUGUCCUGCUUGGAAAGACGCCACAGGAAAAGUCCAUGUGAAAAAUGGGCUCUUCUCCACAGGAGGUUUGGGGUUGUGAUACCCAUGGAUUCAGGAGCAUUCAGUAACCGUUGGUCACUAGCCUUUGCCUUUGGAGCGACAGCCAACAAAGUCAUGAUUCUAUUUUCUGAGGGCUACCUACUGCAAGUAAUGCCCCAAUGGGCUCGAGCCAUUGCGGUUCUUAUAGGUGCCCUGGAAAUUGGUCUUUCUUCGUAUCCUCACUUUGCUUGCCUUUCAACUCAUUCCCAGAUUGUAGGGGCCACACUUGGAUUUCUUUACACAGCAACUUGGUUUGUGGUCAUGUUCCUGCACAUUACAAUGUGUCCCCAUGGACAAAAUGUUGGAGUCUAUGAAAAUAUCAUUUUUUACUGGCCCUCGCUACUCUGCCAAUUAUUUCUGCUAGGCAGAUUUGCCCAUACAUUUGUGAAAGUAUCAUGGUUCCAAUUCCAGGCGGCUUAUCGAAAUGAGGAGACAUCUUUCCUGGAGGUACAUCAGGCUCAGUAUGUCCAACAAUUGAUGAGGAAGCCUCCAUUGCAACAGCCUGAGAAAUCCUGGAUCCAGCGGAAGGUGUAUGAAUGGGACCCUUGCUUUCAGUUUCCCAGCAGAAUGAUCAGCAUGGCCAUGCUGGCCAUAAUAUGCCUUUACAUGUUUGUUGUGAUGGAACAUUAUGUUUACAUGCAAGUUUCACAUGUACUGGAAACCUUGGAGUUGGAUUUUGAGGCACUUACUGCUUCCAGAAACUCAUCCAGCAAUGCAUCAGAAGUAGUUUCAAGUGUCCAACAUUUGAAAGAAUUUAUUGCCACCACAGAAGGUGUUUGGAUUUUCACCACCUUCACGGCCUGUCUCACAUGUAUCAGCUAUGUGUUCCACAUCUUAGCCUGCUACAGAAAACACAUGAAGCGACUGUGGGCAGGGCAGAAGGAAUUCCUUCCACUGGGAUUCAGAAAACUUUCAUCUUCUCAAAGUGUGGCAUCAAUAGCAAGAUACUCUGGCUGGCAAAUUGCAUACAUCCUAUGGGGGUACCUGAUCAUCCACACAGUGCAGUGCCUUUUGGGGGUGAUGCUCAUGUACAGUUUCGUUUUGCCCAUCAUGAAUAGUCAGGGGAUAAAAAUGGCAAAAAGCUGGGGAAUGGUGAUUCUCACACUUAGCAUAGUUUCGGGGCUCAUGCUACUGCAGAUUGCCACCGCUAGCAUCUUCUUCCUUCAGCCAAAGAUUUUACUGAAUGACAAGGAAAAACCUCUGGCUCUUGAUAACAGGAAAGUGUUCCACAAUUUCAACUACUUUCUGUUCUUCUACAAUGUGAUGCUGGGUCUGGGUGCCUGCCUGUUCCGUCUGCUGUGCAGUGCCACUGUGGGAGCCUGGCUGGUGGCACGGAUAGACAGGACAAUCAUGCCCAAAGGCUAUGAAGCAGCUGACAUGGGAUUCAAGACAUGGAUUGGGAUGCUCUUUAUGGACCACUAUCACACAAAUCCUACUAUUAUCUGCUUUUGCCAUGUCCUCCUGACCAAAACCAGAGGGAGGCAGCAACAAAGAGGCACCUCUUAUUGUCAUUUCAAUAAUUUAACAGAUUUCAGAGUAUCAAAUAAAGCCAGGACAAGAUGGCUGCUGCUAUAUACCCUUCUAAAUAACCCUAGCCUCUCAGCACUCAGGAAGCCAAAGUGAUGGUUUUACUCUAUGGAUGUGCCGCUGAGUCAUGUUGCCUGCAAAGUUCUACAGAUUUACUGGAAACAAAAUAAAAAUCCUGGAGAUGAUACUGUAGUGUCCCAUCAUAUGAAUGCAAUUAUCUAACUUACCUAAUGUCUCCCUUCAAAUGUUGUUGGAUGGCAGUUUCCAGCACUCUUCACUGUCUGGUGGAGCUUGGUGCAAAGGAUCAUAUAUAUUUACUAUUAAAAAACAACAACACCUGAUCCCAGGAAUUUGUUUAGCACAGAGUUCACAGGCCUUUCAAAGCAUUUCAGAGUCCUCCCUCCAGUCCAUCUGCCAUGGUCCAGGCCUCAGAGGGAAAGAAGAACCUUUGGACCUGACCCCCUUCUCCACCACCAUUCCCUUCUCCUUUCGUGUUGUGUCUUUUUAGAUUGUAAG